GAAGUUUUCUAAAGUAAUUGACGUGGGUAAGAAAAAGAUAGCUACUGAAACGACCGCUUUUAAUAGAUUUCAUGAUUGGGAUUCAAAAGGAAUCCGUGAAGGUAGUAAGGAAACAGAAUUGAAUACU